GUUUAUGAAGAGUUCAUACGUGCAGAUAUAUUAUAAAAUACCAAAAAUAAAAAUUGGUUUCGCAGACAUCAGAUCAGAUAAUAAAAGAUUGAAUUAUUGUUUAAUGUGAGCAGGCAUUUUUUAUCAGAAUACUUUAUAGAUAUUUCAUAAACAAUAAUAGCAUAUUAGUUUGAUGUGGAUUGUAUUCUCGGUAGCUUUUUACAUAUGGAACUGAAUCAACUAUAAAACUGAAGAUGUUUGGAUUGAUAGAGUAAUUAAUAUCUCGAUUAACAGAAUAAAACUAUUUAUUUUUCCUGGUACAAAGUCAGUAUGGUUUCUUUAAUAAAAUCAAAGAUCAGGUAAAUAAUUAUCAAGUGCUAUUACUUUGGCAAUGAAUAUGUAUCAUCAUCUUAAAUACCGCUAUGCAGAAUUUUGAACUUGCGUCGUGUGGAUUUCACGGCAACAAUGAGUAACAAUACACCAAGUGAGGAAGAGUUAUGGGAAUGGUUACGGAAUAACACAGAUCCUGACGAUAUCCUGCCGGACGAUUUGGAACAAAACUGGAAAACAGCCUUGAUAAUUACAUACAGUCUUAUUAUUAUAGGUGGCAUCAUAGGGAAUGUACUAGUUGUUGCAGUAAUCCUGUUAAAUAAAUCCAUGAGAUCAGUGACCAACGUACUUUUAGUUUCCCUUGCUGGUAGUGACACACUCAUAGCGUCUUGGAAUAUUCCUAUACAGCUCGUGUAUUAUGUUAAAAAUGAAUGGACAAUGGGAGAAACGUUGUGUAAAGGUGCUAGUUACUUACAAAAUGUUAGCGUUGUCGCUAGUAUUACCACUCUGAUGGUAGUAUCAAUAGAAAGGUACUACGCCAUUUGUCAUCCUUUAAAGGCACGCUAUAUAAGAACACCACAGAGAGCUGGGGUCCUCAUUGCCAUAAUUUGGAUAUUUUCCUUGACAGUUUCCACACCAAUGUUAGUGAUACAAAGACUAGAAAUACGACUUAAAGUAGAAUUUGUGUACAUCAAAUUAGCUUAUGUCUGCGCAGAAUACUAUUCGGAACACGUGUAUGAUGUUGUACACACACUAUUUAUGUUUUUAGUUUUUUACACAGUUCCAAUGGUAGUUAUGUUUUGUGCUUAUGGUAGAAUAGCAUAUCAACUUUGGAUACGAAAACCUAUAGGCGACUCUCUAGGUUCUCCACAAUAUCUUAUGAAAACACGACGACAGAAGAGAAAAAUAAUCCGAAUGCUCAUAACAGUUGUUGUUCUGUUCGGAUUAUGUUGGCUUCCGUUUUUUGCCAUACAACUGCAUCGUUUAGAAAAUGAUAUUGACAAGUCUUUUAGGUCUGCUCAAACUAUCGUUCACAUACUUGGUUAUUUGAAUUGCGUUUUAAAUCCUAUUGUUUAUGGCUUUAUGAAUGAGAACUUUAAACAAUGUUUAAAAUCGUCAUUUUUAAAAUGUCGAGGCAUUUUUAAGACGACAAAGAGACGGUCAAUACACACAGUCAGUAUUACUGUAGAGAGUGCUGUCUAGGAGGUACUUCAUGAACAGCUAUGAUAGAGGAAUGUCGUUAUCUUUAAUUAUCAAAUUGGAUUGUAGUUAAAUGGCAUCAUAUUACUGUGUGCGACUGUAGGGAGCUGUUCUUUGAAACAAUAUGUAAUGCAAGAAGAUCAUGUUAUUUGACUAAAAUCGUCAAAAUGUCUUCAUGAAAUUACAUAUUUUCGAACGCAGAUAUAACAGCUGAUUG